AUGGAUAAUAGAAGAAUCUCAAGACCUUACUCGUCCAAAGAUGUUUCCGGACAUAGAGGAAACCGGGGUUUAUUCUCUAGGGUGAAAAGGUUCUUCAAUUCUCAAUGGACUCAUAAUAAUAAAGAGGAACAAAACAUAGAAAAAAAUCAGGCCAAAUUACAUUUCCAAACAAGUUCAAAUACAAAUCCGAAUUCUCAAACAGAUUCAGACAUUAGCUCAUUUAGAACACCUUCAAAUUCCAGGGUUAAAACGGUGGAUAACCAGGGCACACCCAAUGAGACAUUGUCAAGUUUCUUUCAUGAAAAAGGUAGCAAUCCUUUGACAGCCACUGAAUACGAAGAAGUUCUUUCGUUAAUUUCUAAAUCUCGAUCUCGUUCGGCUACCCCUGCGGUUAUAAAAGAUGACCACACGACACCUCGUAAUGCUAAAAACGACUCCACCUUUUCUACACCAUUGAAUCAACGACUUAUAAAGAACAAUGCUCCGCCUACGGUUUUCUCCACACCAGAAUAUAAACCAGUUUAUCAAACUAUUGUUGAAAAGUCAACCCCUAGAAAUAUACCGACAGUUAAACGUGUGUACCAAUUUUCUGGACUCCCGUCACCUUACAGAACCAGAAUAAGUGUCCCUGCAUCAUUAAAAAAACAAAAGCGAGAGGAAACUGAAUUGACGUUACCCUCAGAGCACUCUUCGCCCCUUAUAAACCGAGAUGAACAGAAAAGUGAAACUGCUAGUGCUAUCUUGUCAAUUUUAGAUGGGGAAAAAGAUACCACAUCGACAAAAGCGGAGGAUAGGACUUCAAAAAGAUCACGUAGUGAUACAUUAAAGGCAUUCUCAAAUCCGUAUGCUACGUCACAUUCUUUAAAGAAGAAAAAAACGAAGCACUCUCCAGCACCUGUCAUGUUGACUACAGAUGACAUAACUAAGAGCAUUUCCUAUAAUAAAACAGAAGAGUUACCGGCCAACUCGCUGAUUUUUUCAAAUGGCGCAGACAAGGAAGAAAAACUUGAUGGAGUAUCUUCACAACCUUCUUUGCCAAAGAGUGGAGGAGUGGACUCUGUAACAACUAAGAGUGCUUGGGAAGUACCGUCUUCCAAUUCGGUAACAAAGACUUUUGACCUCAAUCGAUUUAGUACUGAGCCGCACUUGAAAACAUCAAAGGUACCAUUGAAAACCUUGAAUAACUCUAUUAAAUUCGAAUUUCCUAACGUUACUCCGGCUCCAGUGGUUUUGAACCAGGAAAAAGUAAUUAGAUAUAGAAAUUUAUUCGAGUUUUAG